AUGCGGGCGAUGAAGGGUUCGAUGAUCUCACUGCACUACUCUCUCUUUUCGCAUCUUUGGCAAUAUUCUCAUCUUGAUAAAUCAUUCCUAUUUUCUGUCCCAGGGCGUAAAGCUGAGGCGCGAAGGCUUUCCGAUAGGUGGAAAAGAUCAAAAGCGAAUAAGAGUGCUAACAGAGGAUGCCCUCUAUUGGACGUGCAGUAUACCGAUCAAUGCUACAUGAAUGCCCUUGGAGCAACUCGAAGAGUUGCGUGGAGUAAGAUUUGGGGCUUCGUUUCCAGAGGCUACAAGAUAUUGGCGAUCGAAACUUCCUGCGAUGACACCUGCGUCGCAAUUUUGAACAGACACACGAAAAAUGAGCCUCCGAAGGUUCUUGCUCAUCUUAAGGAUACAUUGAAUAGCGAUUCUUAUGGCGGAAUCAUCCCAACGAAGGCGCAUGUGCAUCACCAGCUGAAAAUAGGAAGUCUCACCCUUCAAGCAUUGCGAGAAACUGAGGCAUCUGACAUAGACCUUAUAUGCGUCACUAGAGGCCCCGGAAUGCCUGGAUCUCUUUCCGUUGGCUUAGAUUUUGCAAAAGGUCUCUCGGUGGCGUGGAAAAAACCUAUGAUAGGCAUGCAUCAUAUGUUGGGCCAUCUCCUACUACCCCGUAUGUCAACCAAUGGGCAAGCUCCUUGUUUCCCGUUUCUGAGUUUACUAGUAAGUGGUGGCCACACCGUAUUAGUACUCUCAAAGAGUGUAUUAGAACAUGAGGUACUUUGUGAUUCGAUGGACAUUGCAGUAGGCGACUCCUUAGACAAAUGUGGGAGAGAGCUUGGAAUUAAAGGAACAAUGAUUGCGAAAGAAAUGGAAAAGUUUAUUGAUCAAGACCCGCUAUGCUCUAAGAAUGUUAAGAUCAAGAUGAAGCUGCCUAACCCUUUGCAAAAUAAACCUAGUAGAGUCGACGCAAUGGCAUUUUCGUUUUCUCCAUUCAUAUCAGCAGUAAAGAACAAUUUAGAAAAGCCACUACAAGAGUAUUCAGAAGAGGAAAUUCGAUCAAUGGCUUUCCAGGUACAGGAGGCCACUUUUGCGCACAUUAUUACAAAGUUGAAAAAAGUUAUCGAACUAAAUAGGGAGAGCUUGGGCAAUGUCAAACAUUUUGUUUGUUCCGGUGGUGUUGGCGCCAAUAAAAGGUUGCGGGUCUUGUUAGAAAGAUCAUUCGCGAAUGAUUUUGAAUCAUUUCACUAUCCACCACUUGAUUUAUGUUCUGAUAACGCAAUGAUGAUUGGUUGGGCAGGAAUCGAGCUGUCUGAAUUCUCUGGAUUAAGGAGUUCUCUAGAUAUGACACCAAUUCGAAAAUGGCCAUUGUCCGAUAUACUCAACGUAUCAGGAUGGGUACAUUAG